UGCCGAGCCCGGCAGGAGCCGCCGCCGCCUGAUGACGCGCGGCCGCCCCGUGACUUGCAGUUUCCCUGGGCCGCGCGGUGGCGCCGCCUCCGUGGUUCCGAAACUGCGGAGAUUCGUACCGAAAUCAGCGCCCCACGCGCACACUCGCGGCGGGCGGGCGACGGGGACAUGGCGGCAGGCUGGCACCCAGCCCAGAGCGCUGCCGGCGGCAGCCGCCCGCACACAGAGAGGCGGCAGUGACGCCUCCCCACCCCACACAGAGGCCGCGGGGAUGGACGCAAAGCGCGCUCCCGGCCGGGACAGCGCCGAGGGAGGAAAAGGAGGACUGGGUGACUUCGUGUCUGCCCUUCCUCCCGAGAUCACCUCCCGCAUUUUCAGUGGGCUGGAUGUCGAGAGCUUGUGCCACGCGUCCGUGACGUGCAAGGGCUGGCACCGCGUCAUCGAGAGCAACGAGCAGCUGUGGCGGCACCACUGCCUGGCAGUGCGCGCCGUCUGCCAACGGGAGAUCGACUGCGACCGAAGGAACGGCUAUUCUUGGAAGAUUACAUUGUUGAGAAACUACUGGAAAAGCAAAGUGAAGCAAGAAUGGCUUAGUGGGAAAUACAGCAACAUUCCUUCACAAUUCAGUUUGCCAGAGAAAAGCAUGUAUCCAAUGGAUGUCGACACGUGGGGGGAAAUCUUGGAAGCAGAACUUGAGAGAUGAUAAACCAGUGCUGAUUCUUUCAACUCAGACAACUUCUGCCAAUAGCAGACACACUGUUCUGCAGUUGUGAAACUGACUUUGAACUGAUUAUGAAUUUAUGCUGAAAACUUCUCCAAAAAACCCUUAUGGGUGUCUUUUUAAAAUUUGCAUUUUGCUGUAUUAAUUUUAUGUAAAAUUCUAAAGACAACUAAAUAUUCAGUUGUAUUUUACAUUUUAUAUAUUUAAUGUUCUACUGCAUUGACAAAAAUAUGCUGAUUAUAAUUUCAGUUUGCACUUUUUGUUUUGGAAGAGAUUAUUUUUGUAUUAAAAAAAAAAAACAACACCAACCCCCAAAAAUCCCCAAGGUGUGUUUGACCUUUUGACAUGAAAUGGAUCAUAUCAGCACCACAUGAGAGCCCAGAAAGGAAGGCUGGGGAAGAGACAAAUCCAGACAACAGAAAGAAUCCUCUGGGCAGCAACGCUGCUCCAAGUCCCCUCCAAGCCGAGAACGAGAGAGAGCGAGGAGUUGAACCGAGCCGCUCACCACCUUCCCCCCCGCCCCGCCAAAAUCUCGCUGUGUCUCUGCCCUUUCCAAGGAAAAAAACCCUCACCUAUUAGACUGCAGCCAGCUGCUGCCCCUCCCCCUUGGCUACAUGUUUUGUCUCUCUUAAGUACCAUCGUUAUAAUUUCUUAGGCAACAGAUAGGAGAAAAUUCCCUGACAAAGAAAGGGGAAAGAAAAAAAAAAGAAAAAUCCUAACCUCCAAGUGUAACUCAGAGUAAAGAGCAUUCCUUAUUAUAGUGGAUGUAAAGAUCAAUGAAUUGCAAUCACUGCUUCCACUAUUGUUAGCUGUUCUGCUCCAAGAUUAUAUCUAGUUAGCUCAAAAAAAAAAAAAAAAAACCCAAAAGAAAACCCAAUAACAACAACACAAAAAGGCAUACCCAAGCCCGUUGAGGGUACUGCUCACAGCAUGUUUUACCCUGACUUAAGAGAGCUAGAAGUACAGUAAGUGCAUCUAAGUUAAUCAAGACAAAAACAAUACCAGCAGUACAUUCUCAUCACCUUUAAACAGCCCAAUUUUUUUUUAAAAUCAUAGCAUGAGCAAACAGCACAAUAAUGGAUCUAAUCCCUCACCUUUCUCAUCCAGCCUUCUCUGUUACCUCCAGUCUGUAACUGCCUGACAUUUAUCCGCUGUUCCUACUCCUUUCAUGCCCUUGUGCUGUAAGUUCUCAUGAUUCUAUCUCAAGAUACAGUCUGUAAAAAGAAUAAUUGUGAUAUGUUAGGUAGGUGAUAUUUCUCCUUUUUGAUGCCUUUAUUAAUAAGAAAUCAGCUCGGGUGGGGCUCACCAGCAGGUUGUGGACACAGAAGGCACAGAGGAGGAGGGUGAUUGCAGCUUUGUCCGCUGGUAUGCAGGCUGAGCUGGGAACUGUUUUCCUCACAGGAGCAUCAGGGGGUCCCAAUCACCCUGUCAUUCGCGGUCCCCUUCAUAGUUGACAUCUUUAGGUUAGGGUGAGGGAUAAAAAGGCUCUUCGCAGACACUGGAUUCAGUCCCUCACCUUUAGACAUCACUUAGAUCUCUUAAUUCUAUGUUGGCUCAUUGCUUUGGGGUUUUUUUUGUAGGAUUUGGUAUGGUGUUUACACCUUUGCAUGCCGGUCUUUCACAUUGCAUGUUAGCUCCGGUUUCACCUUUGCAGUCCCCGAUGUCAUCUCCGAGGUUGCGGCGGGGACAGGGAGGGGAUGCUCAAAGAAAGGGGGAUUUUUAAACAAUCAACAGGUAAUUAGAGAAAAACCAUUAACAGCAGGUGAUUACAACAAAUAGUUAAAACUCCAACUUAGCAGCAACUUAACUAUGAAACCUUUUUUUUUUUUUUUUAAUGAACACCUUUUUCUACUCAUAACAAUAAUAUUCAGGUAUGAAUCCUAAACCAGUUACUUCACUGUGCACUUAGCUGUAGCUUGUCCCCAUUCUUGGAUGUGCAUUAAGAAUCUCCAGUAUCUGGAGGCUGUGCCUCUGCCUCUAUUCAGAUCAGGUGGCUGUGCCUCUUUAAAAACAAGGAAUUAAACAUGCAGCUUUGCAAUUACACAAGGCCUGCAUCUUUAAAGCUAGAGUAACAGUGGUGUAUAUUUCUUGUGAAAAAUCCCUUACUGAGGAAAAAAAAGUAUUUAAGUACCAAUCCACAAAAACCAAAGUUUUCUUCCUCUCCCUACUCUGACUCCUUCCUUUAAGGGUUUUAAUUCCCCCUGGAGAUUUCAUUACAUCAAUUCUGGUCAUCUGUUCUACUCCUCUUUGCCCCUGCACCAUCUACUCAGCUUCUCAUCUCUGCUGCAAGAUGGAUGUGUUCCCUUUCCUUUAAUGACAUCCCAGCAGCAUCCAGUGGUGCACUCCUUGCAUCACCUGCUUUGGGCUCAUCUCUUGCUCAUCUCCUUCUGUCUGCCAACAAAAGGAACUGAAAUGCCAGAAAUAGGAAGAUUGUACCAAUGCCUAAAUUAGCACUUUUAUGUGGAUGUCCUUCCCCAGAGAGCAUGCUCAGCAGCUGAAACCACACAUGUAAAGCCCACACCAGGCGGGGCAUGCACUAGCUACCCUCACACCUUGGCUAGUGAAACCCUUUUUCUGCUCCAGUGCUUACUUCUUACCCACACGGUUUUGCUGAAGUGCAAAGUUCUACUUUUGCAAACCCCACUAGCCUUCCAUUCUCAUGCCACUUUUAUGCUCCUGACACUUAGAAGGUGUCAGCUGCAGAAAGCUGCCCAAGGUGUCCAUCACCUAGGCUUUCUGUUAGCCACCUGUGAUGCCUCAGGUUUUAGUUUUUAUAUUUUUCAGAUUCUAUACUGCUUUAGAAUGUACUUCUGAGCUUCAUAUUAGGGGAUAAUAAGCUCUCUUCACAGAGUAGGUAAAGAAUUCCUUCUCCAGCUGGGGACCAAGGACAAAUGAUCCAAAUUUCAGGCCCAAGAGCAUAAACAACAGUGGACUUAUUAUCUUACUGCAAAAGCUCCAUACCUUCUUGGUGAUUUCUCAUAGGCAGCUCCUCACAGCAUUGACGCCUUCCUCACAGCACAGCCAACAAACUCCAGCUUCCUUCUCAACUAGCUAACCCACUCUUUUUCAGCACUCAUCUUCAUUGGACACAGCUGUGGCCUGUAAAGGGCAGGCCUGUUCCUAAUCUUUGGUGAUUAGUACAGCUGCAACUCCUCAGGGGUGAGAUUACCUUCUGCACUAUCUUUUUUUCUUACAUUCUAUCCCCUCACAUGGACUGAAGAGAGAAAAACAAGGAUGGGACUUCAUAGCCUAAAGCUAUUAUUGGACAAUUAGCUCCAAUAUGCUAAUGGACCAGAACUUAUAAAAGUGUGAGACCCCGGACCGGUCAUCCAUUUUGUGACAAUUUGUGGGUUCAACUUGGGUGCAGUCCUGGCUGGGCUCUUGUGCUGCCCAAGGUGUAUCCAUUAAGGCCUUCUAAUAAAUACCUAUUUUAUUCUUUAGCUCCAUCUACU